CCGUUUGCCGGCGUUAUUGCCAUACCGAGCGUCUAUGCGAGUGCACACCGUACGGCUCCCGCUGGAUAGGAGCGAACUGCUUUUGUUUUUCAUUCAUUCCGAAUGCAGCACGCUGAUGCGUUGAGCUAGUGGAUGCGAAGACGGUGUGAUAGUGUGAUAAGCAGUGGAGAAAGAUUGAUCACAGAAAAAAAAGAAACUGGUGCAAUUCGUUCGAGGUUGGUUUCGACAUUGGUGAACCGAAGUGAAGAAGUGACCCUGCAGUGCGAAUGCAAAAAGAGGUUCAAACUGAUCUGAAACCCGAAAGUGAAAGCGUAUUAUUAGUGUUCGAAUUCGUAAGAAUACACUUUUCCGCUGAGUGAGCUGGGCAGUGUGCUCGUGUGUGUAUGUGUGAUUGAGUGAUCGGAGACAAAUCUGCAAACGUGAAUCAAUAUCCGGCAGCUUGCAAGCCUGUUGGCAGCUAACAACAGAUAACGGAUAAACUGUACCAACUGCUGCCAUAGACCGUUGUAGUGCGAUAUAGAGGAGCGAACAUUGUGAACGAAAAAGUAACCGAACGAAACAGGACGUCCGCAAACGAAGCGGCCCUUGCAACAACAAAACAAAACCACGCAGCAACGAACUGCGAGCACGAAAAACUCUGCGACACGAAAAAGCGAACGAAAAAACGAUGGGCAACCGAAUGCGAUCCUUGGUCGCGACGUUCGUGCUACUAUUCACAGUACUCGAGAAUGUCCACUGUGAUGCACCGUUGGUCGAUUCGGCAGCGCUGCCGCUGGAACACAGAGCCGUCUACGGUCCGCCUGCACCCUCACCAGUAUACGGUACGCCUGGUUUGCUGAGUGGCGGCGGAGGUAGCGGCGGCCUGAUCGGGGGCGGCGGCGGUGGCGGCGGCGGAGACGACCCGUGGCCACUGUCCGCCUCGAACGACAGCCCGCAGAUCAAGCAUCUGCAGGUGCAGUGCGAAAAGACGCACAUGCGCGUCAACAUCGAGUUCGACCGGCCGUUCUACGGCAUGAUCUUCUCCAAGGGUUUCUACAGCGAUCCGCACUGCGUGCAUCUGAAGCCGGGCACUGGGCACCUGAGCGCCACCUUUGAGAUCUUCCUGAACAGCUGCGGUAUGUCCAGCUCGGCCAACCACAACGCGGCAAGCUUCGGCGGUCCGACGCCGUCCGGUAGCUACGUCGAGAACACGAUCAUUAUCCAGUACGAUCCGUACGUGCAGGAGGUUUGGGAUCAGGCCCGCAAACUCCGCUGCACGUGGUACGACUUCUACGAGAAGGCGGUCACCUUCCGGCCGUUCCAGGUCGAUAUGCUGCACGCCGUCACGGCCAACUUCCUGGGCGACAACCUCCAGUGCUGGAUGCAGAUCCAGGUCGGCAAGGGCCCGUGGGCGUCCGAGGUGUCGGGCAUCGUGAAGAUCGGCCAAACGAUGACGAUGGUGCUGGCGAUCAAGGACGACGAGAACAAGUUCGACAUGCUGGUGCGCAACUGCGUGGCCCACGACGGCAAGCGCGCCCCGAUCCAGCUGGUCGACCAGCACGGCUGUGUGGUGCGGCCGAAGAUUAUGAGCAAGUUCCAGAAGAUCAAGAACUUUGGCCCGUCCGCGUCGGUCGUUUCGUUCGCCUACUUCCAGGCGUUCAAGUUCCCCGACUCGAUGAACGUGCACUUCCAGUGCGUGAUCCAGGUGUGCCGGUACAACUGCCCCGAGCCGAAGUGCGCCGGCGGCGACUACGGACUGCCAGCGCUGACCGGUAACGGCAUCUCGGGCGAGUACGGUGCACCGGGACCGCUGAGCGGCGAGUACGGACCACCGCACCUGUCCGAGUACGGUGUACCGCCAGCGGCCUACCCGGACCCGCGCCACCCGUCCGACGCGUCCGGCGCGUACUCGGAGAACCAGGACAGUGUGGUGCCGGCCCCGCAAGCCCAAACGUCCGCCAACUCGGCCGAGAACAAAUCGGACGGCCCGGUGAACGCUAACGAUCGCAUCGAAUCGCAGCCACAGUCGGCGAACCCGUCGUCCAACGAUAUCCACGACCACAUCAACAUGCCGCCACCGCCGCCACCAGGCCAGACGUCGUACGUCACCGUGACCAAGCAGCAGAAGAAGGACGAUGGACUGUCGGGCGAGAACAGCGGCAAUCUGGUGAGCCUGGGCGGACGGCCCCGCUCGGUGGAGGGACUGGACGAUCUGCGCGGUGUGCGCCGACGACGGGACACGAUGUCGGUGGUGAUCCGGCCGCGCAUCUACAAGCGCGACGCCCAGGAGAUGACGGACGUCAACACCGAGCGCAUCAUCCAGGUGGUGGCACCGGGAGACGUCAACUUUGCGCUUAACAACGCGUCCGGCAACGAGACGGUCGUGAUCCAGUCGCAGCGAACCGUCGACCCGGAAACGAUCUGCAUGUCGGUGCCGAGUUUCGUCGGCGGACUGGUGAUGCUGUUGCUCGUGCUCGCCGUGGCGUCCCUGGUAGCGGCCUUCCUGUUCGUGCGCGUGCGACACUUCGACCGGAAAGGCAAUCCUUUCUCCGGACACUAAGCGACGAACCCCGUCCGUGGGUCGGUCCUCGUGUCCCGAGCGACCCUUGACCCCGCAUGAAGCUCGGGAAAGUUUCUCCCUCCGUUCUGCACCUUCGCGGGAGCAUCUUCAUCCUUCAUCUGAAAACAGCUUUCGGCACCGGGCUCACUCUGCAGCUUGAACACUCCUGUUACCUGAGCACCAUCUCAUCCUAGAGAGCAGUUGCUCGUUCGCGCGUCACGACGGUGCGGUUUAGUGCAGGAAAAGGAAAGGAAGCUUCUGGGGAGGUCGAUACAGGAGAUCGGAAGACAAGGACGAGGGACCGUUGUGAAAUCGUACGAAAUGCAAUCUACUACCACUUGUCGCAGUAAUCGCACCGCAACCGGGUGACGAUCGUGGCUGCUCCAACAGUUCGCGAAGAUGCGCUAAAAUCCAUCCACCUUCCCUCCUUCCGACAACCGUGUAGCCUAGCAACCGUCUAACAACCUCAUUUCAUCGUCCCCUUUUCCGGUGCGUGCCCGCGCCACCAUUAACACGAUUGCCUCUUAAUUUAUUACGAUUAUUAUUAUUAUAUUAUUAUUAUUAUCGAAUCGGUUUAUAUGAUCGCGAACGAGUUCCCUCUAUCAUGCCCCUCUCCCUCAGGCAGUCCUUUCAAGCUGCUUCUCUUGCGCUUAGUGUACGAUACCAAACGAUUGUGUAUUACCAACAUACCACCAACAUUUAAUUUAUUUGCUCCACCGCCCCUCUUCCAAGCUCGCAACUCGAUACUAUCAUCCUGUACAUCUUCACCCCAACCGAUCCAAACCGAUCCCCUUCCCUCAUCUCCAGCGCUUCCUGUUCGGAGGUUUUUGCUUGCGCGCUGUGUGUGACAGUGAGUUCUGCCGCAAGGGCAAGGGCAUUAGCGAAGAGAAAUCUUUUGCUCAUCUCACAGUGACACAAAGUUUGGACAGAUGAACAGAACAUGG